AUGAUAAAUGUUAACAUAAGUGAUAUAAUUGUAUAUAAAGACAAAAAUGGACAUGAUAGCAGGGGUGGCGGCGAUGACAUCGGUGGUGGCGCAGUGGUGAUCAUAGCAGUGACAAAAGUGGUGUAUGGUGGUAGUGUCAAUAAUAGGAUGUGGUGGUUGGGUGUAGAGGUAGCAGUGGUGGUAGAGAGUGGUGGCGAUUGUGGUAGUGGUGGAGGUGGCGGUGGUAGCGAUAGUGGAGGUGGUUGUGGCAACGACAGUGGUGGUGAGGGCAGCGGUGGCAACAAUGAUGGUGGUGAUCGUGAUGACAGUAGCAACGAUGUUGGUGGUGUUCUCUAA